AUGCCUAACGUAAAGAGACCCCAUCUACAUACCCUCUUUCGCCAUUUUCAAUUGCACCUCAGAUUUCUCUGUAAUACUACUCCUACUAUUAUGGAUUCACAUUCACCACAUACACUACUACCAUAUGGUUCUAUUGUCUUCUCUACUGUUGGUAGAACCAAUUAUGGUUUCGAUAUUUUCUCAAUCAAAUCUCCUUUUAUUUUCUUCAACUGUUCUGCUAUGGAGGAACACCGUCUUACAGACGGUGCCUCCGUGAACUACAACGGCCGGUUCGUCGACGAAGACGAGACACUCGUCUUCGUAUCUGAGAGAUCAGGUGCACCUGCCGUUUACUUGCAACGUCGUUCCUCAAAACUAGACAUACAAAAGCUUCCUGUUCCUGUUGAUAGCUUGUUUGUAGACCGUCCAUUCGUCACGAAUGGACGUGUCUACUACAUUUCUGCUCACGAGGUGUCACCGAAGAUAUUCAACAGCUCUGCAGGUCUUUAUGCUGCUGAUAUGAACGAUGGUAAUGAGAGUAAUGAGAUCGAGAUCAUUCGCGUGACGCCCUACGGCUGUGUUGAUUACAGUCCAGCGAUUUCGCAGUCGGGAGAGCUGAUAGCGGUUGCAUCAUACGGGGAGCGUAGUUGGGAUGUUCGUGAAUUCAAUGAGUUGACUACUGAUAUUAUUGUUUUUACUGAAUCUGAACCAGAUAAGAGGACAGUAGUGUGUAGACACGGUGGCUGGCCGAGUUGGUCUGGUGAUUCGACCAUCUAUUUUCAUCGACGAGGUGAUGAUGGUUGGUGGAGCAUUUAUAGAGUUGAUUUGCCUGAGGAUUUGUUCGAUUUGCGUGCUGAAAAUCCGGUUCGAGUUACUCCUCCUGGUGUGCAUUGCUUUACUCCUGCAGCCUCACACAGGUCCAAAGAAAUGAUUGCUAUGGCUACCAGAAGGCCAGGGAAGAGGUAUCGCCACAUUGAGAUUUUCGAUGUGGAGUCUCACAAGUUCCAUCCGGUGACCGAGUUGCUUAACCCGAACAUACACCAUUACAAUCCGUUCUUCUCUCCUGAAGGGAAGUUUCUCGGUUAUCAUCGAUUCAGAGGCGAAGAUUCGUCAUCAGGAGAUGCAACGAUUCCUUACUUGAACCCGGUAAUUUCGCCACAAAAGGAACUGAGAAUGCUGAGGCUUAAUGGAUCAUUCGCUUCCUUCUCUCCAUCGGGUGAUUUUAUCGCGUUCAAUCAUGAUUUCAAUGCUAAUUCAGGACUCGAAAUCAUCAAAUCAGAUGGUUCCAAGAAGUGGACAUUGUUCAGAGGCCGCACGGCUUUCGGCAACUCCUGGUCUCCAGCUGAACCCGACGUGAUUUUUACGUCAGUCGGACCUGUAUUCGACUCUGUAAAAGCAACAGUUCAAAUCGCGCGAGUUACAUUCAAUUCGUCAAAUCUAACUAAGGAUGAUUGCAGGGAAAUUCCAGUGGAAAUAGAAAUACUCACAAAAGAGGAGACUGGGAAUAAUGCCUUCCCUUCCUGCUCGCCCGAUGGAAAGCAUGUUGUAUUCCGUUCAGGCCGUUCAGGACACAAAAAUCUGUAUAUUGUUGACGCGGUUAAGGGAGAGCUGGAGGGUGGAGAAAUCCGUCAGCUAACAGAAGGGCCAUGGAUUGAUACAAUGCCAAGCUGGUCGCCUGACGGGAAGCUGAUUGCAUUUUCUUCCAACAGGCACAAUCCAGAUAACGUAGAUUGCUUCAGCAUUUACGUGAUUCAUCCCAACGGCACAGGUCUUCGGAGGAUUCAUGUGGCGGGUCCAGAGGAAUCCGAUGAAGUGGACAAGGAGAGAUUAAACCACGUAUCCUUUAGUAAGGACUGCGAAUGGCUUCUGUUCACAGGCAACUUGGGCGGAGUAACAGCAGAACCAGUGUCACUACCGAACCAGUACCAACCAUACGGUGACUUAUAUUUGGUGAAGUUGGAUGGGAGUGGGUUGAGACGACUGACUUGGAACGCAUAUGAGAAUGGAACUCCGGCAUGGCACCCGUCAACUAUACCUAACAUAGAAGAGAACGUACUUGCAGCAGCAAUUAAGUUGAAGGGCCAAUUCGAUGAUGUACUAUGGAUGAAUUGUUGAGAAAAAGAUCAUUCGGAACUACUCUUUUCCGCUAGUACAUACAAAUAAGAACAGAGGGUUCAAUUUAGCCGUGCCGUCCCCGAUGUCUUUUGCUACUCUCUCAUGAGUUCAUAUAUUAUGUUAUUUGUAUGGCUGACAACAAUAAGUAUUUCGGUACGUGCUCAUCUAUUUUUAGUACCUGUAGGAUGGAAUAAACAAUGCAAGAUUUGUACAGAAUGAUGAACCCUGACGCAUUUAUUUAUAGCAAUUUGAUACCUUUGAUCCUAAA